GUGUAGUCAUCUUGUAUAACUUUCGCUGUGUAACUGGAGAUGACAGAAACUACACCUCCCAAAUAACAUUGCGAUUAAUUGCUUCUCUAGUUUCACGGAGUAUAGCUAGUUCACUACUUAAAAAUCCCGUUUCAUGAUUGACUUUAUUUAUAAACAAAUACUUAUCCGAUAUCAUGGCGGAAUCUGCAGCCUGUCCUGCAUUCCAGCUUGGAAAACCCCGAUAUGAUCAGAGUUCAUUUCUUGGCCGGCUGAAACACUUUGUAGAGAUCAUUGACCCCAGCACACUCUUUGUGUCUGAGAGACGAUUGACAGAAUGCAUUAAGCUCCUGGAUGAAUUUAAACACGGAAAACUACCACCGGGAGUUUCUGAUCUACAGCUAUGGGAAGCCCAAAAGGUCACGCAGGCCAUCAUUCAUCCUGACACAGGAGAUAAGAUUUUCAUGCCUUUUCGAAUGUCAGGUUAUGUCCCAUUUGGAACACCAAUUGUUGUGGGCCUUCUUCUUCCAAAUCAGACUGUGGUAUCCACCAUUUUCUGGCAGUGGCUUAACCAGAGUCACAAUGCCUGUGUCAACUACUCAAACCGCAAUGCUACUAAGGUAGUGUAUGAUGCUACCAAGCCUACACCGACAUCCACGUUUCUUCAAGGUUACUUCGGAGCUGUGACCAGUGCUGUCUCUCUUGCGGUAGGACUGAAUGUACUGAUUCAGAAAGCCAACAGGUUGAGUCCAGCGACCCGAAUGAUAAUACAGAGACUCAUCCCUUUCCCAGCUGUGGCCAGUGCCAACAUUUGCAACGUGGGCCUCAUGAGGCACAAUGAGCUGUCGGAGGGCGUCGACGUGCUGGACGAAAAUGGGAACAUAUUGGGCUCCUCAAAGAUUGCUGCCAAACAUGCAAUUAUGGAGACAGCCUUUACCAGAGUGGUCCUCCCGAUGCCAAUAUUUGUCCUUCCUCCCAUCAUUAUGUCCUACCUAGAAAAACUUCCAUUGCUGCAGAUGAAUCGGAGGCUGUUGCUGCCUAUCCACAGCCUGGUGUGUCUGGCUACCUUCAGCCUCUCCCUGCCCCUGGCCAUCAGCCUAUUCCCACAGAUGUCUCAGAUAGAGGUGUCUCAGCUUGAGCCGGAGAUCGCAAUGGCAACCGAUUGCAAGGUGGUGACCUACAACAAGGGACUGUGAUGACUGGCCCCCGAGGAGAGAGUAGAGGACAGGGCACUGAACAGAGGUGCAAAUUAGCCUCCUUUUUGACUGGCUGUAACGGACACUCCAGGUCUCUCUCUGGUUUAGGGUGAAGUUGCCCCUAGACGCUGAUCUUGGCUCAGUUUUGUAUUUUCCCACUAAUGGAUUGGGGAGGAGAAGCUUAUCCCAGAUCUGAACCUAGGGGAAACUUCACCCUGGAUCACUGUCUCCCAUAGCAUGGUAACAGCUCCAGGCACUUUUUGCUGCAUUAAAAUAGUGUAGCAUAGAUAAUGUACUGUCUUAAUCAAUUGUUUUAAUACAACACAUUCCAUGGAAUGUGAAAAUUAUGCAAAUCAGUAAGGAUUGAGGGGGGUUAACGGGAACAAUAUUGUUGUCAUAUGUAAUAUGUUGUAAUAUGUUAUGAUGGAACUUUAUAAUGUAAUGCCCAUACCAUACCAGCUAUUUUGCAAUUGGUCAUGCUGAUCAACCCAAUUGUUUAAAUUUUUACGAGAUGUUUUUAUUGUUGACCUGAAGUUUAAAAAAAAAUGUUUAAGUAAAAGAUACAAUCUAAAAUAGUUUUACAAUCACAUGAAUCAGUGUUGAGUGAUAGAUCCUGACAGACUGUUACAUACCCCUUGACUUAUUCCACAUUGUUUUGUUACAGCCUGAAUUCAAAAUUGAUUAGAUAGAUUUGUUUUCUCUCACCCAUCUACACACAAUACAGAAAUAUCUAAUUUGCACAAGUAUUCACACCCCUGAGUCAAUCACAUGUUAGAAUCACCUAUGGCAGUGAUUACAGCUGUAAGUCUCUACGAGCUUUGCACACCUGGAUUGUACAAUAUUUAUACAUUUACAUUUACAUUUAAGUCAUUUAGCAGACGCUCUUAUCCAGAGCGACUUAUUAUUUUUAAAAUUCUUCAAGCUCUGUCAAGUUGGUUGUUGAUCAUUGCUAAACAUCCAUUUAAGUCUAGCCAUAGAUUUUCAAGCCUAAUUAAGUCAAAACUGGAAGUAGGCCACUCAGGAACAUUCAAUGUUGUCUUGGUAAGCAACUCCAGUGUAUAUUUGGCCUUGUGUUUUAGGUUAUUGUCCUGCUAAAAGGUUGUUGAUCCAUCCUCCAUUUCUCCUAUCACAGCCAUUAAACUCUGUAACUGUUUUCAAGUCACCAUUGGCUGGCCUCAUGGUGUAAUACCUGAGCGAUUUCCUUCCUCUCCGGCAACUUAGUUAGGAAGGACGCCUGUAUCUUUGUAGUAACUGGGUGUAUUGAUACACCAUCCAAAGUGUAAUUAUUUAUAUCACCAUGCUCAAACUGAUAUUCAAUGUUUGCUUUUUUUUUUUUUGAAAUUCACUGCUCGGCUGAGGGACCUUACAAUUAUCUGUAUGUGUGGGGUACAGAGAGGAGGUAGUCACUCAAAAUCAUGUUAAACACUAUUCUUGCACACAGAGUGAGCCAAUGCAACUUUAUUAUGUAACUUGUUUAUUAAAUAUUUUCUCCUGAACCUAUUUAGGCUUGCCAUAACAAAGGGGUUGAAUACUUAUUGACUCAAGACAUUUCAGAUUUUCAUUUAUAAUGAAUUUGUAAAAAACAUUCCACAUUGACGUUAGAGUGUGUGUAGGCCAGUGACACAAAAUGUGGAAAAAGUCAAGGGGUGUGAAUACUUUCUGAAGUCACUGUAUAUCAAAAGAUGGCCAUCCUGUAAUCAUUCAUCUCCAUUCUACUGUUCUAUUUAAUUCUGUGUUCAUGGCAAAAUAUAUUGUCUGUAAACAUAAUCUCAAUUGAAUCCAUUUUAAAUUCAGGCUUUAACAUAACAACAUGUGGAAAUAGUCUAGGGGUGUGAAUACUUUAUGAAAGCACUGUAUAAUGUGAAAGAGCAGGCUAGGCUUUUCUGUAGGCUACUUGAGUCUGAUGUAAAGAUUACAAAGAGGCCCCUGUCCAGAAACGGCCCCUAGCCUCUACACCCCGUACUACAGGCUAUGGUUGAAUCCCAGUUCUCCACCCUCCUCCCUAGGUGUGCACCAUCAUGGAUUUAAAAGCACUGGAUUGGUGUAAGAUUCCACCACUAUUAUGGGGAAUGUGCAAGUGCACACUUGGGGAGAAGGGUGGAGAAUCGGGAUGCAGCCUAGGUCUGUUUCUUGACUAGGGCCAUUCUAGGACAUUCUAGAGGUAGUCGGUUUGUGGACCAUGGUUGCUAAAAAUAAAGUUUUCUAUUCUA